CUAGAGACAAGUAGUACGAAAUUAUUGCAAAUGCUCAGUGAUGAAUAAACUCUUGUGGUGCACGUGGCAAAACAAUAGCUGAAGUGGACUUCCCCUGCGGUACCAGCAAAGUCAAGAGACCAAUCCAAACCACAGCUUAAUUCAACUGUAUUGUUUUACUUAUCCCGACCCAACCACAGCAUUGCCUUCCUCCCAAUUGUCUCUACUCUCUACCUUUUAUUAUCCUUUUUUCUUUGUCGUUUUUUGUUUUCUUGGUGAUUAGUCCAUUUCUCUCUCUGUUACCUCAAUUUUCAGCCAAACCCCAAAGGCAUUCCGAUUUCGACGGUGUUCGGUUCGGCAUGGGUGUGCCGAGCGACGACGUCGUUUUGAUCCACCAAGGGAAGAACCCUGGAGAACCUUACAUCGUCACCGUCAAUUGCCCCGAUAAGACCGGCCUUGGAUGCGAUAUUUGCAGAAUUAUUCUGGAUUUUGGCCUUUAUAUUUCUAAAGGAGAUAUUUCAACUGAUGGGAUAUGGUGCUACAUAGUAUUGUGGGUUGUUCCUCAUUCCAGCUCAGUCAAGGUGAAAUGGUCAAAUUUGAAGAAUAGGCUGCAAUCAGAAUGCCCAUCGUGCCUGCCUACCUUUUAUUUUAAUCAACCAUCCACCUCUUCGUUGCCUUCUCCGGUGUAUCUAUUGAAGUUCUUUUGCAUAGAUCGGAGAGGAUUAUUGAAUGAUGUCACACAAGUUCUAUGUGAGCUUGAGCUUACUAUCCAGAGGGUCAAAGUAACAACAACUCCAGAUGACAGGGUGUUCGACCUAUUCUUUGUAUCAGAUUCUUUCAUGUCUCUGAUGUUUAUUGUAUCACAUUGCAGGGACCUUCUACACACUAAAGACCGGCAGGAUGAGACUUUAGAACAAUUGCAUGUUGUAUUGGGUGAAUCGUGUAUCACCUGUGAACUUCAAUUGGCAGGCCCCGAGUACGAACGACAUCAAGGAAUUUCUUCUCUUUCUCCCGUAGUAGCUGAAGAACUUUUUAGAUGUGAAUUAUCAGAUAGAGAAAUCCAUUCUCAAGCUUUGAGUCCAGACAUGACUAAGUUGAAGAAUGCCAAUGUAACAGUGGACAAUUCACUAAGUCUAGCUCAUACAUUACUCCAAAUUCAUUGUGCUGAUCACAAGGGGCUCCUCUAUGACAUCAUGCGAACUUUGAAAGACUGCAGCAUCCAGAUAACUUAUGGCCGGUUAUCGCCUUCUACUAAAGGCUAUCGUGAUUUAGACCUUUUUAUUCAGCAAAUUGGUGGGAAAAAGAUUUUAGAUCUUGAGAAGCAGGAUGCAUUGUGUUCUCACUUGAAAGCAGAAAUGCUUCAUCCAUUGCGUGUGAUCAUUGCGAGCAGAGGGCCAGAUACUGAACUCUUGGUUGCUAAUCCAGUUGAGCUAUCUGGAAAUGGAAGGCCACAAGUUUUCUAUGAUGUCACACUUGCUCUAAAAUCUCUUGGGAUCUGCAUUUUCUCGGCUGAAAUUCGAAGGCAUUCGGCAUCAGAUCGUGAAUGGGAGGUGUAUAGCUUUCUAUUAGACGAGAGUUGUAGUAAAUUUCAAUUGUCGAAUAUGGUGGCUAGGAAUCAGAUUGUAGAUAGAGUCAGAAGAACACUGAUGGGAUGGUGAGUGAGCUUGUGUUAAUUUGGAUGGUGAAUAUGUUUCCAUUAAGAUAUCUAGCUAUUUGGCUCACAUUAUAGGAAUCUAUAUUCUCCAUUAUUGUCUUUAAGAUGAGGUUGUAUGCUUGUCUACUUUUAAUGCAUUGUGUGGUUUUUCGGUUUUUUUUUCUGGUUUUGGCUGUAAUUUAUGUGAUGUAAUUAGUAGCUACUAGUUUCUCAAGUGUGCAUGUAGUAUUAGGCUAAUAGCCAAUUAGCCAUGGUCCAUGGAAGAUAAGUCUUCAUGCCUCAGGUUUUAAGAGCCUUUAUUAUUAUUAUUAUUAUUAUUAUUAUUAUUAUUAUUAUUAUUAUUAUUAUUAUUAUUAUUAUUAUUGUCUAUAUUUUUUACUAAAAUAAGUGGCAAGUAGAAAAUACCACUUGUCCUUGGAGCCCACGUGGUAAACUUGAAAGAUCAAUAUUAGCAUAUCAAAUUUUAUAAAUGUUCUAAAGACACCGGGCAUUUGAGAGUGAACAAAAAUUCUAAAAGAAUAUCUGAGAGCCUCUUGG